AUGCGCUCCUUCGCGCCCUGGCUCGUUAGCCUUCUCGGAGCAUCCGCGGUGGCUGCGGCUGCUGAUACCGAGUCUGAUGUUAUCUCGUUGGAUCAAGACACAUUUGAGAGCUUCAUGAACGAGCAUGGUCUCGUCCUUGCCGAAUUCUUUGCUCCUUGGUGUGGCCACUGCAAAGCCCUCGCGCCAAAGUAUGAGGAAGCAGCCACGGAGCUGAAGGCGAAGAACAUCCCUCUGGUGAAGGUUGACUGCACCGCCGAGGAGGAUCUCUGCCGGAGCCAGGGAGUAGAAGGUUACCCUACUCUCAAGAUCUUCCGGGGUGUUGACUCUAGCAAGCCGUACCAGGGCGCGCGUCAAACAGAAUCUAUCGUUUCCUAUAUGAUUAAGCAGUCACUUCCUGCAGUAUCCUCAGUGAACGAGGGGAAUUUGGAAGAGAUCAAGACCAUGGACAAGAUUGUCGUGAUCGGUUAUUUCCCGUCCGACGACCAGAAAACUUAUCAGGCAUUCGAGAAAUAUGCUGAGUCUCAGCGGGAUAACUACCUCUUUGCUGCAACGGAUGAUGCGGCCAUUGCGAAGAAGGAAGGUGUCGAGCAGCCCUCCAUCGUGCUCUACAAGGACUUCGAUGAGAAGAAGGCUAUUUACGAUGGCGAGAUCGAACAGGAGGCCAUUCACAACUGGGUGAAAUCCGCUAGUACUCCCCUUGUGGGCGAGAUUGGCCCCGAGACCUACUCUGGCUAUAUCGGGGCUGGAAUCCCAUUGGCUUAUAUCUUUGCCGAGACCAAGGAGGAGCGCGAGAAGUACACCGAAGACUUCAAGCCUAUUGCCCAGAAGCACAAGGGUGCCAUCAACAUUGCUACUAUUGACGCUAAGAUGUUUGGUGCCCACGCUGGAAACCUCAACCUCGACUCUCAGAAGUUCCCGGCAUUCGCCAUCCAGGAUCCCGCAAAGAAUGCCAAAUACCCCUACGACCAGGCCAAAGAUUUGGAUGCCGAAGAGGUUGAGAAGUUCAUCCAGGAUGUUCUGGAUGGCAAGGUUGAGCCUAGCAUCAAGUCGGAACCUAUUCCCGAGUCUCAGGAGGGUCCCGUCACGGUUGUUGUGGCUCAUUCCUACAAGGAUCUCGUCAUUGACAAUGACAAGGAUGUCCUGCUCGAAUUCUACGCACCUUGGUGUGGACACUGCAAAGCUCUUGCUCCGAAGUAUGAUGAGCUCGCAGCUCUCUACGCUGACCACCCCGAUUUGGCGGCUAAGGUUACCAUCGCCAAAAUCGAUGCGACGGCCAACGAUGUCCCGGACCCGAUUACUGGAUUCCCUACCAUCCGACUUUACCCCGCCGGUGCCAAGGACUCUCCCAUUGAGUUCUCUGGCCAGCGCACUGUCGAGGAUCUUGCCAACUUUGUGAAGGAGAAUGGCAAACACAACGUCGACGCCCUUAAUGUCGCUCCUGAGGAAACCCAGGAGGGCGGUGAUGUGACUGAGGCUGCUCCCUCCGCUACGGAGGCCGAGACCCCGGCUGCCACAGAGGACGAGAAGGCAGAACAUGAUGAACUGUAA